UUGAACUGAACCGAGACCGGCAGGACCGACCCCAGCCGAACCAAGUCCAGUCGAACCGUGCUCAGGCGGGUCCAAAACCGCAGCGCAUCCCACAGGGUCCGAGCCGAGCCGAGCCGAGCCGAGCCGAGCCGAGCCGAGCCAUGCAACUGGCCCUGCUGGCCCGGUUGCUGUCCGUCGGGCGGGCGGUGCUGGCGGCGCUGCGAGGGCGCCUGGGAGCGCUGUGCUGGAGCCUGGCUCCCCUGUCCCUGUCCCUGCCCCUGUCCCUGCCCCUGCCCGGCUGGCGGGACUCGGCCCCCCGGCCGCAGAGGGAGCAGGAAUGGGACGACGCGCCCCCGACGCCCACCAGCGUCAAUUACCACUUCACCCGGCAGUGCAACUACAAGUGCGGCUUCUGCUUCCACACGGCCAAGACCUCCUUCGUGCUGCCCCUGGAGGAGGCCAAGCGGGGGCUGGCGAUGCUCAAGGAAGCAGGAAUGGAGAAAAUAAAUUUCUCAGGAGGAGAACCAUUUCUUCAGGACAGAGGCGAAUUUGUGGGCAAACUGGUCCAGUUUUGCAAGCAGGAGUUGGAGCUCCCAAGUGUCAGCAUCGUUAGCAAUGGCAGUCUGAUCAGAAAGCUGUGGUUCGAGAAGUACGGUGAAUAUUUAGAUAUUCUGGCAAUUUCAUGUGAUAGUUUUGAUGAGGAUGUCAACAUUUUAAUUGGCCGUCGUCAAGGAAAGAAGAACCAUGUGGAAAAUCUGCAUAAACUGAGACAGUGGUGCCGAGAGUAUGCUGUUGCUUUUAAAAUAAAUUCAGUCAUCAACAGGUUCAAUGUUGAGGAAGAUAUGAAUGAGCAGAUCAAGGCACUCAACCCUGUGCGCUGGAAGGUAUUCCAGUGCCUGCUUAUCGAAGGAGAGAACAGUGGUGAGGAUGCUCUAAGGGAAGCAGAAAAAUUUGUUAUCAGUGAUGAAGACUUUGAUCGAUUCCUGGAUCGCCACAAAGAUGUCUCCUGUUUGGUACCUGAAUCUAAUCAGAAGAUGAGGGAUUCAUACCUCAUUCUGGAUGAAUAUAUGCGUUUUCUAAACUGUAGAAAUGGACGGAAAGAACCUUCCAAAUCGAUCCUGGAUGUUGGUGUAGAAGCAGCUAUAAAAUUCAGUGGAUUUGAUGAGCAGAUGUUCCUAAAAAGAGGAGGAAAGUAUGUGUGGAGUAAAGCUGAUAUGAAACUGGACUGGUAACUCAAUAUACUGAGUUAGGGCAGUGCAUUCUGCAAAAAUAGGUGUGUAUUUAUAGGUGAGUGUAUACUUGUAUCCAAUGCUUUUAACUACACUUGGUAUUUUACACAGACUGAUGUUCAGUAUAACUCUAUGUGUUAUGAACAUAUGAAUAUGAAUAUGUGUUUUUGACAUGUGAACAUAUGAAUAUGUUACGUGUUUUUUUAAGUGUAGGUUACAUUGUCUAUUAUUUUCUUCAGCAUGACCAAAUACUUUCAGAGCUUUCACAUGAACAGAUCUCUGAAAUAAACUUUCUAGUCUAAGGGACCAAGAACUUAAAGGAAAACUGUUUUUAUAAAAUACUACAUGAGUGUGCAUGCCACAUAACAAACCAAAAAACACCCUAAUCUCUAAUUCAUUCUAAACAGCUCUAAUGAUGGAGAAGUCAAAAUGCUUAGCAGGGAAUGCAUUCUGCUGAUUCUCAGGAAAAGAUGGAUUGCAGUUCCUGGGUAGAUCACUGGAGGGCCAGCUGGCAGGCCUCUGGAACCACUCUGCUUUUUUCAGGAGUAAUAGAAGGUCAGAAUCUAGGAAUCAUUAAAUUAAAUAAUAAUGUAUUUAAAAGGAAAUCAAGGUGAAAAAAUCGGCAAUUUUUAUUCUUUAAGACAUAAUUUUAACAGCAUCUUCUCCCUCUCCCCUGUGUACACAAGUAUUUGCAAAAGUGUUGGGGGAUGUAAUUUUCUGUAAAAACAUGUUUUUAGGCAUGAAAAAAUAUUGCAUUCGUUCAUCCUAAAACCUAGAGAUACAUUUUAUCUAAUGAUAAACGACAUCAUUUUGCACACUGGCAAUGUCCUUAGUUCUAACAAAUAUUUACAGUAAAACAUUGUUUUCACUUUAUUACUAUAUCUAUUUUCCUUUCAGCUGCAAAUACUGAUUUACUAUUUUAAACUAUUUUUGAAUUGUGGGCAUACAGUUUGAUGAAGAUUCCUUCUCAAACUAAUUAAUACUAUGUAGAACAACCUAACAUGUAUCUUCUGUUGCAUAGUAACUUUUUAUUUUGCUAAGCCAUGGCACUACAAACAACAAAGUUCAUAUAUCAAGCAACCUUGUUUUAAAUGUUGCUUGUGUCAGUAACUAAUUAGCUUGCUGGUUACAAACCUGCAGACAUUAAAUGAAACAAAUUUGGUUUUGUGAGAGCUACCUUUAAUUUUAAGAGCAGGUAGCAUCAAUAUAAAAUAAAAUAA